AUGUAUAGGGUAUACUGCCCACCAACUUCGGCCAAGGAGCUUCGCUGGAGGUGUAACGAGACAGAGCCAAGAGAGCCUACGAACUCUCAUAUAUUCAGAGAUGCGACAACUAUGCAAGGGAGGCAGACUGCACAAUCAUCCGUUGGUACUGAGCACAAAACCCAAAGGUUAACCUUUGACAGUCUACCAUUCGAUAUAAAGGACUCUAUCUUCGAGAUGGUUGGCUCAUUGCCUAGCUGGGCCUACUUCAAAUUUAGGAAAGGGAAAUUGAUUGAAUGUUGGGGUGGUAAUCAGGAAGUCCAUGCCAACAGAGAAUGGCACGAAUCUCACCAAUUACGACAGGGCCUCAGCGUUAUAAACCCAUCGAAUGGCAAGUCAGCCGGUGUAGGAGCGCUCGCUGAAGGUAUUCUCCGUCUCUUUUCCGAGGACGACCGUGGCGCCGGAAGCCCGCAAGGACGACCCAGGGGUAGAUCACAUUCUUCUAUCCAGACUAGCAACCAAGUUAACCCUAUUCCCGUAAGGAAAAAGGUAGACUGGUUUUUCUUUGACGACAGCGUGAAUAUAACACCUGAUAGUAAAAACUGGCCGACGCCUUCUUAUCUCAAUGGUGUUCGAGUUUGUGCCUUCAAGCUCGACAAUAUGUUGGACGGCACGCUUUGCCAUCCUUACGGAGAUCCACCUUUUGAUUUUAUAUGGCCUCGGUUCUCACGUAUCGAGGAACUUAUAAUCCUAGUCGGUAGAUUCCGAAAAGAUGUUCCACCGUCAAGGAUGAAGGUGAUCAAAAAUUUCCAGACCAACAAGCUUACUCCGGCGGAUGUGUAUUCCCUCCAUGAGGAUACGCCGUACACAAAUCAGCUUACUAACUCUGAGAAACAUAUGAUUAGAGAGAUUAGUAGAAGUUGGUCCUGGUCUCUACUCAAGGCAUACAAAUACAGGCAGGGGUGGCUAGUCGAUAAAGACGGUAUGCAAUGGCUUGCCUACCCAGUACACGACCAUAAAAAUAAACUUUCUGUUUGGUUAGCAAGCCGUGAAGGAUACGACUGGCUUGGUUAUGACUGGUCUGAAGGCGAUCGGCCAGGAUCCCAGUUUCUCGCAUCAAAUUCUGGUUGGUGGUGGUUGGCAUCCAAUUUUGGAUUUCCAUGGCUGGAAACCGAACAAGGGCAACGCUGGCUUGAGACUAAGCAAGGCCGUAAAUUCCUUAAAAGUCCACAGGCUUUACUCUGGCUAAACACUGGUACUUACACUCCGUCGAGCUUCACACCUCUUGGGACACAGGUCCAAAAGGCUUGGUUUAGCACGCCCGAAGGGAGGGAAUGGAAAUUUCACAAUUGCCCAAACGGAAACCCACCAGCGCCUCCGCUGCCUCCUCAAAGGAACUCUCACCGACCUCCAAAUGUGGCUUUCCCAACUUCCUUCGAGAAUCCACACUUUCAAGGAUGGCGGUUUGUUAUUGCCCCUGAGGAGCUUGCCGAGAGAGCAGCAAGCCGUCGAAAUCAUCGCUAA